AUGGUGUUCAAUUGCACAGAUGUGCCCAAGGCAACGCCCACGGAUGCUGGAGUCGCAGGCGCAGGCACGCUACUCUCCUUCAUAAUCACAAACCUCCUGUCCAUUCUCCUCUCCGCUAUUAUCAUUCUCCUCGGUCUGCGAAAAUCAACCUCUGCACCCCUAUGUCGCAAGCUCCUGCAAUCCUUUUCAGACCAACAGAUCCUCACCGGUAUUGGCAUCCAAUCCGUCGGCCUAGCCAAGAUGAAAACAAUGGUCCCCUACCACUUCUUCAUCAUCUGGCUUCUCUCCCUCCUCUCCACGGCCACCAACCUCGCCACCCUCCUCGCCCUAGUCAAUGACUUUAGACGCGACUGGGUCCUGCGCUGGAUCCGCCAACUGCUCAUGCUCGUCAACAUGUUCCUCGGCAUCCUCAGUGGGAUUUUCAUCCUACAGACCGUGCUCCGAAACAUGGAACCCAGACUCCCCAUUGCAUGUGUCUGGCACGUCGAAAGCAGAGGCAGUGCCGACAACGCCGCCCUCAGCAUCGCAGGUACUAUUUCCGUCCUCGCCGGCCAAGUCGUCACCUUCAUCCUCGCCACAUGGUACCUGCACAAUAGAUCCAACCCGCAAUGGCUCAAAACCGUGCAAAUCGCCGGUCUCCUGGCCUGUCUCGCAAUGGGCCUCGGCGCCACCGUCCGCGUCGUCCUCGAGAGCCAGGCGUUUGGGCACCCGCCCGCGUCGGUGAAUCUGCAGGGCCCGAGCGAGGGGAGCUGGAGUUUUGGCCAGUUGUUGCCGCUGUUGCUGUUGGCGCUGCCGGUGAUUAGUAUGGUGGAGAUUAUGCGGGGGGAGACGGUGGUGCCGAGGAGUAGGGUGGAUGAGGAUGCCGUGCCGUUGGUGGGCAAGGGCGCCGAUGUCGAGUUUCAACCGAAUCCUCUGCUGGGGAGUGCGACGAGUUUGUUCAGGAAAUAG